CUCCGCUCUUUCGCGAGCGAGCGAGUGAACGCGCGGCCGUGAAGUCACGUCUUAUUUUAUGUUCAUAUUUUCGUACAGCGCGUUUUCUUUCGAUUUCCAUCUUACGGAGGUUUCCAUCACGCGCGCGCGCGCGCGCCAAGGUGACAAUUGACGAUUAUCAUCGAAGCGUUAAUUACCCGCGGUCCGUAUCUUUCUGCAAGCUUUGAACGAGUUGAACGGAUACCGAAUGAGAACUGCGAGAAAAUGAAUCGAAAGGAUAUACGACAGUAAAUAGCAGAACUGAGCAGAACGAUUCAACGAUCGCGAUCAGUGCAUCCAGUGCAUCACAAUCAGGUGAGACCACCAGUGUGUACUGAGACGCGACACGAACGACACGACCGUCCUUGCUCAAGAUCGAGUGGACCAUGGCGCGCAAGGAUGCCCCUUCGAUCUUCGAACGACUUCAGAUCCUUAUGGAGGACGAUAUGGGACCAGGAAAGCUGAUUACCUAUGGGAUUGCCAGCGCCGGCCUGUUCGCAGCUCUGUACAAAAUUAGACCUUUCGCCAAGUUCACGAAACCGUCCGACAUUCCGUUGAACUUUCUGCAAACGCGAGUUCCACUCCAGGGCAUUGUACGACGUGUGGAACCGAGCUCUUCCAGAGUUUUACUGAUGGUGGAUCAUCAACCAUUGCUGUCCUUUCCCCAUUUCAACAACAGGUCUUAUUUGCCUGUCAAGAUUGGUGGUGUUGACAUCACAGGCAACGGUGUAAGCUGGUUGCAAACUGUGCUCAAUGGAAAGCUCAUAACAUUUGUGCCUAUAGUUAAAGAGAAGGAGUAUUUGGAGUGCGUGGUUGCGAUGCCACCGAAGAAUCAAGAUGCGAUGGAGAUUGGUGAGGAACUAGUUAAAUUAGGCUUAGCUACAGUACAUGAACCUUGGAUAAAACUAAAGGAUAAACGUGUACUAGCGUACAGAAGGUCCUUAGCAAACGCGCAAAAGUGGGCAGUACGUAGGAGAAAUGGAUAUUGGCAUUUUGUCAAGCAACCAACAGUUUUGUGGAAGACGCAAAUGUUCAUAAUUGACAAAAUGAAGUCACUGUUGCCUACUAUUAUAAUUAGACGACUUGAUUUGUAAGUGCCCAACUUACUUUAACAAUAAACUUCCAGAGUUAAUAUAUUUUUUCAUAGUUUGUAUAUACAAGAGAGAAAAUGCAUAUAUUAUGUACUUAAAAAUUUUUUAAUAAAACUUUAAUAAAAGUUA